AUGACACCUUCGCUCUUCCGCGCUGUGCGACCGGCCGCCCACUUCUACCGCUCUAGCGCUACAUCUUCGUCCAGCAGGCUUCUCUCCACCACCGCUCGUCGUUCGCUCGCUACCGAGGCUCAGGACACUACUCCCUCGGCCAAGGCUGCACCUACUUCGCCCGCCACUUCGGCUUUCACUGUCGAGGAGCUCCACGACAAGAGUGCACAUGAGAUUCUUCGCGAGGGUGGCAGCCGAAAGGACCGCUCGCUCCGACAUUUUACCGUCAACUUUGGACCUCAGCAUCCUGCCGCGCACGGAGUGUUGCGUUUGAUUCUCGAGCUCAAUGGAGAGGAAAUCCUUCGAACUGACCCUCACGUCGGUCUCUUGCACCGAGGUACCGAAAAGCUGAUCGAGUACAAGACCUACACGCAAGCUUUGCCUUACUUUGACCGCCUCGACUAUGUGUCCAUGAUGACCAACGAGCUCUGCUAUUCUCGAGCUGUCGAGAAGUUGCUUAACAUCGAGGUUCCCGAGAGGGCCAAGUGGAUCCGUACCAUGUUUGGAGAGAUCACGCGUAUCCUGAACCACUGUAUGGCUGUUCUCUCGCACGUCAUGGACGUCGGUGGUCUGACUCCCUUCUUGUGGGCCUUUGAAGAGCGCGAGAAGCUUAUGGAGUUCUACGAGCGCGUUUCGGGUGCGCGUCUGCACGCAGCUUACGUUCGUCCCGGUGGUGUCGCGUACGACUUGCCACCUGGAUUGUUGGAUGACAUUCACAAGUGGGCCACACAGUUCGGUUCGCGAGUUGACGAGAUCGAGGAGGUCGUGACGGGCAACCGUAUCUGGAAGGGCCGAACUAUCGGCAUCGGCAAGGUGACGGCACAGGAGGCGCUCGACUAUGGUUUCUCCGGUGUCAUGCUCCGAGGUUCCGGUAUCCCCUGGGACAUCCGAAAGGUGGCACCUUACGACGCUUACGACCAGGUUGAGUUUGACGUUCCGGUCGGCAAGAACGGAGACUGCUACGACCGAUACCUGUGCCGUGUCGAAGAGUUCCGUCAGUCGCUGCGCAUCAUUGAGCAGUGUCUCAACAAGAUGCCCGCCGGUCAGAUCAAGGUGGACGACCACAAGCUCGUACCACCGCCGCGCGCCACCAUGAAGGAGAGCAUGGAGUCACUCAUUCACCACUUCAAGCUCUUCUCGGAAGGCUACGCCGUGCCGCCCGGCGAGACGUACUCGGCCAUCGAGGCUCCCAAGGGUGAGAUGGGUGUCUACUUGGUCUCUGACGGCACCAACCGCCCAUACCGAUGCAAGAUCCGUGCGCCCGGUUUCGCCCACUUGGCAGGCGCCGACUUUAUGGCGCGUCACCAUUACAUUCCUGACAUGGUUGCUAUCAUUGGUACGCUCGACCUUGUGUUCGGUGAGGUCGACCGUUAA